UUACUUAAGUAGUUUACACUUCCGGUGGAGGACAGCUCUUCCCCUGUUUGAGCUACUGUAAAUUGCUAUCCAGGCACCAGGUGGUGCCAUUUCAUAGUUUAUAGAUUUCAUCCCAUAGAUUUCAUACACUUUAAAUGCUGGUCGUCAAUGAAUGUUUGACCACUGAAAGCGACCCUGAAUUUGGCCUUUAUAAGCACAUACUGAUAUUCAUCCUUGUAUAGACAUAUGUCCUAAGGGUACUACCAUGCCAUAAUAAGAAAUUACCUUGAACUGUGAAUAGCUUUCAUUAUAGCAUGAAGAUAACUCCGCUAUUUCCCAUAUACUUAUUGAUUACCAUAAGGCACCACUAGACAUCUCAUCACAGAAGAUAUGUAAUAUUGGACAUCAAAAGAGAAUCCUUCCCCAUAGAGAACCUAGACACUGCCAGUUCCAGUGAUUCAGCCACCCCCUGAGGAGGGUCACCCUUCCCUUCCCCCCUCAGCCUGCUCUUUGAGGCGCUGGAGGUCCCUGUGCAUGUGUCGUCCUCUGGAAGUCUACUUGAGUGCACUGAAGAUGAGGAUGAGUUAAUGUGGCAUUAUCCUCAUCGGCUCCGUUGCUGCUGGCUGCUGGCUUUCAUUUGCUUUUCAAUUUCUCUUCUCCUUUUGGCGCUGUGAGUGAUGCAGCAGGACGGGUGUGGCAGUGAGCAGAUUGUGGACGUCCUUUCUCUCAGGAACCACAGAGACUUUUGGUUGUCCUCGGAACAUUGUCUAGUCUGUGGAACGAUUGAGCGCAAUGACCACAGUCACUCCAAUGGAAUGGAAUCAGGGCUCUGUGACUGGAUGACCACCAACCUGACCAGGGACAUUGACCCUCGGGGACGCCUCUCCAUGCCACAGUGUCAGUGUGAGCCACAGCCACACCCUGGGGUUCCGAGGGACCAGGAAUGGGCCAGAGACGGCAAACGAUCAGCCAGCCAGCAGGGAGGGCAGUGUGAAGACUGUGAGAUGUGUCUGUGGUGUAGGGGAGUCCAACACAAUCCUCAUAACACCAGUGAAGGACUGGAGACUCUCUCAGACAUUAAUGAGAGGCUUCAGCGUUCGCUACAGGGCAUCAUUGAUUGGCUAUCUGUGAAGGAUGAGGAGCUAUCUGACAGUUUGCCUUUACAUGGCGAUAUAACAAGCUACAAACAUCAAAGUGAGAUACAUCAGGUUUUCGUUGAGGAGUUAAAGUCUCGGGGACCCUUUAUUUACUCGGUGUUGGAGUCCGCUCAGGCCUUUCUGUCACAAUGUGCCACUGUGGAUCCAGAUGACAGCAAAGACGUGAGUACUCAACAGCAGAGUGUCGGUCGCUGGGUGUGGAGGCAGGCCGCAGUGGCCGGAGACCUGUGGGAGAGUGUGAUGUCACGCAGUGUUCAGCGCCACAAACACGUGCAGUGUACUCUGGAGCGCCUCACAGAGCUACAGGGGGCUGUGGGGGAGCUGUGCCUGGACAUGGAGCAGGCUGAGGGGGUGCAGGAGGCCUGGGGGCCCAUAGGAGACCUCCUCAUUGACUCACUGCAGGACCACAUCGAUGCCACCAAGUUGUUCCAGGAGGAGCUGACUCAGGGUCAGGAGGGCAUGAAGCAUGUCAACCAGCUAGUCCACCAGCUGACCAUCUCCAGUGUCCCCCUAUCAGAGGACAACACCCAGGGUCUGCAGCAACUCAACACCAGGUGGAAACUGCUGGAGGAGUCCACUGAGAAGAGGCUGAGGCAUCUGCAGGAUGCCCACAGAGACUUUGGGCCCAGGUCCCAGCAUUUCCUCUCUGGUUCAGUGCAGAUUCCAUGGGAACGUGCCAUAUCGCCCAACAAAGUGCCAUACUACAUUAACCAUCAAACCCAGACCACUUGUUGGGAUCAUCCACAAAUGAAAGAGCUCUACCAGGCACUUGCUGAUCUGAACAAUAUCAGGUUCUCUGCCUACCGAACAGCCAUGAAGCUGCGACGUGUACAACAGGCCUUGAGAUUGGACAAGCUGAGCCUUGGCUGUGCGGCAGCGGUUUUCCAGGGCCUGGGGUCGGGGUAUGAUGACCCCGUGACGGACGCUGUUGAGGUUAUGGAUGUCCUGGAGGUCAUCCAUGCUCUGACCAGCCUGUACGAGCAGCUGGAGGAGAAACAUGGCGUCUUGCUCGACAUCCCGCUCUGUGUGGACAUGUGUCUCAACUGGCUGCUCAACGUAUACGACAGUGGCCGUAAUGGGCAGCUGAGAAUCCUAUCCUUCAAGACAGGACUGGUGUGUCUAUGCAAUGCUGAGAUUCAGGAGAAAUGCAAAUAUCUGUUCUGGCAGGUGUCUGGGCCUGGUGGAUGUGCUGACCAGCAGCACCUCAAUGCCCUGCUUCAGGAGAUAAUCCAGAUUCCAUGGCAGCUAGGAGAGGUGGCUGCCUUUGGAGGGAGCAAUGUGGAGCCAAGCGUGGCCAGCUGCUUUCGCAUGGCUCCUGGGAAGACCACCAUCCAGUUGUCCCACUUCCUGGAGUGGAUGAGCCUGGAGCCCCAGUCCAUUGUGUGGCUGCCCGUGCUGCAGCGAGUGGUCCAGGCAGAGAACGCCCAACACCAGGCCAAGUGCUCCAUCUGCAAACAGUGUCCCAUCAAAGGCUUCAGAUACAGAAGCCUCAAGCAGUUUAAUGUGGACAUUUGUCAGAGCUGCUUCCUGUCCGGGCGUACUACCAAGGCCAAGGCUUUAAUUUACCCCAUCAUGGAGUAUUACACCCCAACCACUUCAGGGGAGAGGAUGCGUGAUUUUGCCAAAACACUGAAGAACAAGUUCAGAUCAAAGCAGUACUUCAGCAAGCAUCCCCAGAGGGGUUACCUGCCUGUACAGUCUGUCUUGAGGUCAGGGAGUGAGGAGACGCCCAGCUCGUCCCCGAGGCUUCUCCACUCGGACACACACUCCAGGAUUGAGCACUAUGCUUGCAGACUCGCUGACAUGGAGGACCAGAACUGCUCCUUCUUCAAUGAGAGCUUGGAUGAGGAUCAGUAUCUUGACCGUCUGGAGCAGGACUCCCUGGCCUCCUGUCAUCAUUACCUGGGUUAUACAGGCUGUGAGACCCAGGAUGAGCUGCAGAGGACACUGGCCAUGCUGGAGAAUGAGAACAGGGUGCUCCAGGGGGAGUACCGACGUCUGAAGUGGCAGCACGCUGAGGCCCAGGCAUGUCCACACCUGAGGGAGGGCUCUGUGGACCAGGAGGACUACCAGGACCGGGCCUUGCUGGCUGAGGCCAAAGGCCUGAAGCACCAUAGGGGCAGGCUGGAAACCCGCAUGCAGAUCCUGGAGGACCACAACAAGGAGCUAGAGUCCCAGCUUCACCGGCUCAGGGAGAUUCUACAACAGAACAGAGAGGGUUCAGAGGACAAUGUAUCGACUGGAACACCAUCAUCUGUGUACUCUCCUGUGUCACGAAGAGACCAGCUGGGGAGACAGCUAAGCUCAGGAGCCUCCAACACAGAACCUCCAGGGCCUGCCUUGGAGCCAGAGCAGGGUGUUACAGCCGAUCACCUUCAACGGGUCAUAGAGCAACUGAAGAACGUCUUCCCCUUAGAGACCAGAGAGAACGGUGUUGCAUCACCUUUUUGACUUGUUUGCCAUUCCAGAGACCAGACUGUGAACCUAACAACACCCAUCGUUAACGGAUAGCCUUCAAGAUUCCUCUCACUAUUUAAUUUUAAUUUUACCUUUAUUUAACCAGGCAAGUCAGUUAAGAACAAAUUCUUAUUUUCAAUGACGGCCUAGGAACAGUGGGUUAACUGCCUGUUCAGGGGCAGAACGACAGAUUUGUACCUUGUCAGCUCGGGGGUUUGAACUCGCAACCUUCCGGUUAUUAGUCCAACGCUCUAACCACUAGGCUACGCUGCCGCCGACUAUGAUCAAGCACAUAUCACAACUGAGAUCCAUGUGUGUUUUAUCCAGCUUAAUACACAUUGAAAUGAACAAACAGGCUGAUAAUGAAUACGUUUUACAAAAUAAGUGUACAUUAUGGAUGUCCAGUGGCCAAAUGUACCCCUGGAUGGAAAUGUGUUGUUUUAUGGUGUCAGGCCCAUCUUUGUCUAUGUGUAAUAUUUCAUGAUGUUGAUAUUUUUUUACAUUUUCAAGAAUGAAUAAAUUCAUAAUUCAA